AUGUACCUCUCCAUCGCCAACAUCUGCGUCCCAACAUUCUCAGUCCUCGCAGCCGCAGAUCCACUCGAAGUACCCCUCCCUCCCCCUCUCCCUCAAGCCCCAUCAAAAACUAAUCCCAAUCCCCCCCAGAUCCGACAAGCAUCCACCACCUCUCUUUCACCCUCAUCAUCAAUAGACUCCGCAGCCAUCUCAUCAGAAGCUUCCUCCCUCCUCUCCGCAUCCUCAGUCUCCUCCUCUCUAUCAUCAAGCUCUUCGACGCAUAGUUCCUAUACGGCAGCGACGGCGACGGCGACAGCGCUGACGGGAAGUACGGGUGGAGGUGAUACGCAGGGGCCGAGUAGUGGGAGCGGGGCGGCGGGGUUGGUGGUUCAGUGGGGGGUUAUGGGGAUGCUGCUUGGGGCGGUGGUUUUGGGGGUUGGGUUGUUGUGA